AUGACGACCCUCACCACUCGCCCGCCUUACUCUCAGGAGGAGAUUGCCCAGCUGUAUCCCAAAGACCUCCAGCUCCAGCUCGUCCAAGUGCUCCUCCGCCAUGGCGAACGAAGCCCUGUCUCGCCGCGUUUCCGCAAUGCUGGACUGCCACCGCACUGGCCAUACUGCAAUGCGGCGCGGCGGCUGACGAGCGUAAUCAUGAGCACCAAAGACUCUUCACAGUGGGAUGAGCUCAGAUGGCGCAGGAGGUUGGAGACAUUCGGCGUCGAUGACGGCCCCGUGAUAGCAUCGGGCCCCAAAGGAGAGUUCGAUGCCAUUUGCCAGCCUGGUGAGCUCACGGACAAGGGUCGAGAAACGACCCUCGCCCUGGGCCAGCGUCUCAGACAUCUUUACGUCGACCAGCUCGGCUUCAUGCCUCGACUCAUCUCGGACGCCGACAUGGUAUACUUGAGAGCAACCCCCAUCCCGAGAGCCCUGGAGUCGGUACAGCAAGCUUUCUGGGGCUUCUACCCCCUGUCGGCGCGGACUGCUGACUUUCCCCCGCCCACCAUCAUCACUCGUUCUCCAGCCGACGAGACUUUGUACCCCAACGAUGGCAAUUGUCGCCGCUUCGCUCAAUUGAGUCGCGCCUUCGCCCAGAGAGCUGCUGACCGCUGGAACGACACGGCAGACAUGGACUAUCUGAACAAAAAGAUAUCAAAAUGGAUGCCCGAGAACUCUAAGCGCAUCGCUGUCGAUUCGCACCCCCGUCUUUCGGGCAUCAUGGACACGGUCAAUGGUACUCUUGCCCAUGACGAGCGGGUGCGUCUACCCAGCGAGUUCUACGACCCUAAGCUGCGCGAGAUCAUCGACAAGGCCGUGGUCGAGGAGUGGUUCGCCGGCUACUGGGAGUCGGAAGAAUACCGCACGCUUGGCAUCGGCGGGCUGAUGGGCGACGUCGUGAGCCGCAUGACGGGCAACGUCGAGCAGAGCGGCUGGGACGGCGUGGUCGAGGUGGGUGGCGAAGACGGGGCCCUUGGUAAAGGCAGGGGCGGCGAGAAAAGCAUCAAGCUCGCCCUGUCCGGCUGUCACGACACCACCCUCGCAGCCGUCCUCUCCAGCCUGGGUGCUUUCGAGAACGAGCACUGGCCGCCGUUCACGAGCCACAUCGCCAUCGAACUGUUCCGCAAGCAGACUCGGGGCGUCGUCCCUCCGGGCGGCACGUCCGCGCUUGGCAACAGCAGGAGGCUGUCGGAAAAGCCCCAGGGCUGGUUCGCCUCGCUGUUUGGCAGCACGCAGGACGUGCAGCACAGCGACGCGCCGCGGCCCGAGGGCAUCGCGCGCAAGAAGAUGGAGGAGCUGACGGCGCAGCAGAAGGAAUCGAUGAAUGACUACUACGUGCGUGUGAGGUACAAUGACCGUAUCAUGCAGGUGCCCGGCUGCAAGCCGGCAGGUAAGCACCUGGAGGGCGACACAUCGUUUUGCACUCUGGAGGCUUUCAAGUCUAUUGUCGACAGGUUCACCCCCGAGAGCUGGAAGGGUGGUUGCGCAAGCAAUCUCGGGCAGCCUGCUUUCCCAGCCAAGCCCGAGCCUGCGGGCUACGAAGGAUAG